AUGCUAAUCCAGAUGCUGCCCCGUCAAAAAGCCCAUGGAUGGAGCCAUGAAAUUGAAGUGCUGGUUACAGUUUAUUGGCUUGCCUGUGGAGCGUCCUACAGGGUCACUUCAGAUACCUUCAGCAUGCCACUUGCAACAGUCUGUAGGACUGUUCACAAUGUUGUGGAGGAGAUGAUGACCAUCCUCCACAAAGUUAUUCACUUUCCAAAGGCAGAAGAGAUGGAGGAGGUGGGGGCCAGCUUUGCUCGCCUUGCUGGUGCCAUCGACGGGUGCCACGUCAGGAUUCUUCCUCCUGCAGAGCCACAAAAAAAGUGUUAUAUAAAUAGAAAGCUUUUUCCUUCCAUCAUUCUUCAGGGCACCUGUGAUGCCAAGGGUGCAUUUAUAGAUGUGUACAUUGGCAAUCCAGGAUCUGUACAUGAUGCCCUUGUCCUGCGCAGAUCACCCAUGUAUCAGCAGGCUCUGUAUCCACCAGCUGGACACUGUCUCUUAGGAGACGGUGGAUACCCAUGCCUGCAGCAUCCCAUUGCAAUUAUGACCCCGUACCGCCAGCCUGUCGCAGGCCAGGUUGAAGCCCGAUACAACAGGCAUCACGCUCUGGCUAGAAACAUCAUUGAGCGCACCUUCGGGAUGUUAAAGACACGCUGGCGUGCCAUUUUCCUGAGAGCCUUGGAGAUCAGGCCACUGUUUGCCCCAAAGGUGAUUGCUGCCUGCUGCAUCCUCCACAACAUUUGCAUGAUAGGAGGUGAUCUCCUGGAGGAGGAAAGCCAUGGACAAGACGGCAGCGAGGAUGAUGCGGAGAACGAACCAGUGGAUGAAAGGGACCUAUCAGGGAACCAUCUCCGAGGACAUCUUGCAGCUCAGCUAUCUUCUCCUGAGGGACUGCCUGCGUGUCUGAAUGAACAUGACUACAUAUAG